AUGGAUGGAUAAUGGACACGUCUCUCUCAUUCGUAGAUCUACGAAAUCCUCGACAAACUACUUUACUUCUCAAGCAGUCGCUCCGGAAGACAAGGUACGAUUUCAGCACGCCAACGAAACAGAACGACUCAUUGCAAAAUAAUUCAUUGUGCCCACUGCACUGGUUGAAGGAGCAUAAUAAUUCUACUCGACGACGUGACGUAGGUCUAAGUGGUCACCUCGCCGGCAAAAGGUCAAUGUACGGUUGGACCAUAGGACCAUACCCUUUCCUUGAGCCCAUACUAGACAUAGUGGAGUGUGUAAAUGACAAUGAGAGACGGUAGCAUUGUUGGUCACCGGCGAGCGGAGCCCAGCGAAACAGCUCGGACGAACUUGAAUGGAGGAACAAGAACUCCGUCCUUGCUGGCUUUGGCACUGUUGUAUUUACUGCUGAUUUCACAGACGGCACUGGGAUGGUCUGACGUUCCUACUGACUGGAGCAGACCCAAUGCUUUGUAUUCAUGGCUGAAGGGCAGCACACCGUAUCGUCCUUACCAUCUGGGAUAUCAUGGACAUCAAAUCAAUAGCAUGACACUAACUCUAAGUAUUGAUGAUGAGAGUGACCGUCGCUCAUUCCGCCUUGUUAUUCGACAACACAAUCUUGCCGUGGAUCACGCCUAUCCACUUCAUGCUGCGCUCGACUGCACCGAGUUUUACACUCGGAGCACAGGGAGAUCCAUUGGAGAAGAGCCGCUCAGAACAAAGUGGUUUUUCAAGGGCAGUCGAUUGCGCUCAAUCACUUCUCUCGGGCCCAAUUGCUCAGCUACGCUCUCACUAGGGGAGGGAAACAGAAUACUUCAAAUCUCAGAUAUGCUAGCUUCCGACUAUCAGAACUACACUCAUGAGGUUAAUGGUGUCUAUCGAUGUGAGAUGCGCAGGAGAACACAACUCAUCUACUCGGCUACCAUAGAAGUGCACUUUGCCUAUCCUAAAUAUCAGUGCUGUUACAAUCAGCGCCCGCUAGGGUGUUCCGAACACUAUCCUAAGCCGAUAUCGUUUAGGGCUCUCGGAGCUGGACAAACGUCGAUUGAAGUAGACUGGAGGGUUGAUAAUGAUACGUGUGUGUACCACUGCCGAAGCAUUGACGUGGACCGGGUUACUGUGAAGAUUCAGCCAACUGGACGAUACUUGGAACUGACUCUUAACGGGUCGUCUGGAAAGUUUAACGUAACUGGCCUCAACCCAGGUGUAUCCUACACGCUCAGGUUUCAAGCCUUUGGACGUAACAGACCUAAUAUAGCUACCGAAGUUGUGGCUACUACGCAGAUUCCUUUCAGCAUCAGAUGUAGCCUGGAGAAUUUUACAGUAUUUAACGGCAGCGACGUGACCGUUGAGUGUGUUCUUCCAAGGCUAUACAUGGCGCGUGCACUCAACGGCGUUCUCCAACAGGACAAGAAGUACGUUCACAAAGAACGCCACAACUCAACGCACUCCCGCCUGGUCUUCAAAUGGCCGGCUGUGACCCGGAGCAGCGUGACAUGUUUCUCAGUGGCCGGCGAGGAGAACUCUCAAACGUGUAUUACCGUGACGGUGCGGUGUCAACCGUUGCCAGAUCCUCAACAUGGCCAUGCAAUGGUCAAGGUGGCGACCAGAGGACGGAAAGUGUUCUUCCGCUGUGAUGAGGGCUACCACCUUCUGGGAUCCAAGAUGAGACGAUGUGUGUCGACAACGUCAACCUGGGAUGGAGUGCAGCCCGUGUGCAUAGCCUUCCAGGCACCGACAGUCUCCUUCAGCACCGAAACUGACGUCAUCUAUCUAAGCAAGGGAGAGCAGCGCACGGUGACCUGCCGCAGCCGGGGAGUUCCCCCUCCCAGGACCAAGAUAGUUCUGCGAUACAACGGCCAGAGGCUGACAGGCUUGGAAUCGCCGUCUCUGAUCGUCAAGGUUUCUGGCAAUGAUGGGAGACGAAAUGUGACCAUGAUGGUUAGCCAACCGAUUCACAAGUCGCAUAGCAUCACAUGCGUAGCCUAUACUGGAAAUCAUCUGGUAAUGGACUCGCUGGUGAUUAUCGGCAUAUGAUUUCCUUUGUGCGAUGCUAUGCAGUAAGGGAAGGCUGUCCGUCUGCCCACUCCUCAGCCCUUCACACAUGGUAGGUAUUCACUCAUGUGAACAGCACCUAGAUGGUUAACCAUUUGAGCACCGUAGAACACAUUCCAAUCAGUCUCCAUCUUGAGUAGUCAAUCCUAGUUCAGUAUUUCCAUAUUUUCCAUUGUCUAUAUUCUUUGAAGGGUAUAGUUUUGAGGAGACGCAUUGUGAUAGAAUUCAAAGAACACUUAUAAAUAUUUCUAUGCCAAGUCACGCAGCACACCCUUCAGAACUGCUGCAGCUAACUGAAAAUGAUCGGAUUUCAAUACCCACAACAGUACAUACACAUGCACACGCACACACACACACACACACACACACACACACACACACACACACACACACACACACACACACACACACACACACACCCGUGUGGACAUGCACACGUACACAUGUGUGGAUGUGGACAAACAUGCAGGACCAAAUUUUAAAAUAUUUUUUUCCGUAUCUUGUACCGUCCUGCUCAAACUGUCCCCUACUAAAUCAUUUCACAAACUUCUAGUCCUUGAAUUAGAAUCCUGGCUACGCUCCCACUCAAUUGAAUAUCACUUUUAAACUAGAUUUGCUAUGCUCAUUUAUACCUUAUGAGGCUUCUUGCUACCAUCUCGCGUUAUGUAAUGUAGUAAGCUUUGCUCAUCGAACAUUCUGAUAACAGUUA